CGGAGCCCGUCUAGUGUCAAUGGUGAAAAAAAUAAAGACCGGUAGGAUUCCGUGCACGCGGAUUAUGAAACCGUGCUCACAGUUUAACAACCCGUUAGCACAGAUUAUGAAACCGUGCUCACAGUUUAACAACCCGUUAGCACAGAUUAUGAAACCGUGCUCUCUGUUUUGCAAACUGUGCGCGCGAGUUGUGCGCAUGGACAUCUGCGGAGAGCUUGGACUUCAGUUGAAUGAUGAGCUCGGACGCAUGACCCGCUGCUGCCAGGCAAUUCCUUUGUGAGAGCUGGGACAAUUGACCCUUGACUUCUUAGUCCUUCAAAGUUUGUCAGUCGUUCCACAAUGGAAAAACUCAACUUAAUAAAACUUUACUUCAAGUUGGGCCUGAACUAUAAAGACAUACUGUAUAUUCUGAGUACAAAACAUCAAACUAUUCUCAGUUUGAGAACCCUUAAGCGAAUUUUGAAACAGAAUGGACUAUUUCGUCGAAUCCAUUUUGACACUUUAGAGGAAACAGUUGGAUUCAUUAGGGAGCAGCUCCAAGGUUCAGGUGCUUUGCAUGGCUACAGGUGGAUGUAUGCUAAAUGUAAAGAAAAUGGUUUGCAUGUCAGAAAAGAGGAUGUACGCCUCAUUCUUUCAACUUUGGACCCAGACGGCACAGAAACACGACGAAGAAGAAGACUGCAAAGACGAACAUACUUUGCCAAAGGACCAAAUUUUGUAUGGCAUGCUGACUCGUAUGACAAGCUGAAACCCUUUGGUAUUUGCAUCAAUGGAGCCAUUGACGGAUUUUCAAGAAGAAUACUGUGGCUUAAUGCAUACCAUACCAGCAGUGACCCCAAAGUUAUUGGAGGUUAUUUCCUUGAAACUAUAAGGGAGAUAGGUGGAUGUGCUUGUAUCCUGAGGACAGAUAUGGGGACAGAAAACAGCUCAGUUCGGGAUAUGCAGCGUUACCUUCGUCGUAACGAUGAUGAUAAUCAGGCUGGUGACAAAAGCUUUAUUUAUGGAAGAAGCACAGCUAAUCAGAGAAUUGAAAGCUGGUGGGGCUUUCUCCGAAAAGAGUGUGUGGACUUUUGGCUUGACCACUUUCAUAGACUGAAACAUGAGGGGAAUUAUGCUGGGGACUUUUUGGACAAAAACCUCAUGUUGUUCUGCUUCUGUGGUUUGAUACAGGAUGAGUUAGAUUCCACCAAGGAAUCAUGGAACAGCCAUGUAAUACGUCCAUCAAGUAAUGAAUUGGUUCCACAUGGGCGUCCUGAUGCAAUGUACUUGAUUCCUGAACUUUAUGAUACUCAAGAUUAUCUAUGCAAAGUGUCAGAAGAGGAUUUGAUCAGGUGUGAAGAUGACUGUAUUCACCGCAGUGACAUUGCUUGUGAUGAAGAUGUGUUCAUCCUCUGCACCCACAUUAUGGCACAAAACAAUCUUCCCAUUCCUGCUGAUGUACACAUGGCCAUAGACCUCUAUCUUUUUUUAAGAAGAGAACUGAUCACAAUUUUAAAUCCUGAUAGAUAAUAGCAAAUGGAGUGUUUUUUGAUGUAAACAAACCAAUUGCUAGAAUAGAGUCUAUCUUCCUUGUGACCAUGAACUGGAUCAGGCGCUACAGAAAACGAAUAAAGGAAUGAAUUUUUGGACUUCUGAAGUGAACAUAUUUUUUCAAGAUGAAUGCAAAAAAAAAAAUCAUUGAUAAAGUCAAAGUAACUUCAUUGAUAUUCAGUCUUCACAUCUAUAUCUUCAUAAGUGUAUAUACAGUUUUUUUUUAUUGGGGCUUGGGGUUGGUUGAUAAAGAAACCACGUCUUCUCAAAUCAGUGAACGUACAUUCACCUAUUUCAUUUUUAUGACUGAGAAAUAUUGUGCUACUGGAUUCAGUUGGAAACAUAUCUGAAUGUUUCAAUAACAAUGGAAAACAACUAAAAUUUUGC